AUGCACAGUCGUGCUGAAUCAUGCUGUGGAUCCAGGAUAGAAGAGGCAGCUCGCAACAGUCAGCAGUGGCCACGGGACAGACUGCGAGGCGCGCCUGAGUCGGUAGGCAGCCUGCAGGACAUCCUGACGCAGGCGCAGCAGCCGCGCCAGCAGCAGCAGCAGCAGCAGCAGCAGCAGACGCAGCACCAGUCACGGAGCAGAGCGGAGGCGUGGACGCAGUCACCGGCAGCGCGGGAGCUCGGGGAGCCCCGGAGACAGCGGCCAGAGCCCGCGGCGCCUGGACAGGACAGGGUGGCGCCCUCCGCUGCGGACACUGUGGAGCGCCCCUACCAGUACCAGUACCAGUACCAGCCGCAGCACCAGCAGCGCGGCGGUCCGGUCAACAGCAUCCAGGACGUGCUGCGACACGUAGCGCCUCUGGAGGGUGCCGCUGCUGGACCUGGAAGUAGUGGCGGAGGCGGGGACUACGGCUACCCCGCGAUGGGGCCGCUCGCUGCAUCACCUGUUCUAGCGCAGCUCCCGGGGCUCUUCGGAAGGCAACUGAAUGCUGGGCCGUUCCCCGCCCAGCAACUGGCCGCAGGGGCGCCGCUGAUGCACGCGCUGGACGCGCUGGCGACGAUGCAGCUGCUGCGGCUGGGCGUGCAGGGCGCCGGCCUGGGCCCGGCGGUCCUGGGUUCGAGCCUCGCGCCAGCCGCCGCCCCACCACCAGACCCGCUCAUGGCUCUCCUCGUGGCCAUGGCGCAGCCCUUCCCACCCGUUGGAUGA